AUGACCAGCCUGUUCCGCCGGAGCAGCGGCGGCGGGGGCGGUGGGGGCGCGGCGGGCGCUCGCGGGGCCGGGGCCGGCGCGGCCGCCUCGCAGGAGCUCAACAACAGCCGGCCGGCCCGCCAGGUGCGCCGCCUCGAGUUCAACCAGGCCAUGGACGACUUCACCACCAUGUUCCCCAACAUGGACUACGACAUCAUCGAGUGCGUGUUGCGCGCCAACAGCGGCGCCGUGGACGCCACCAUCGACCAGCUGCUGCAGAUGAACCUGGAGGCGGGCGGGGGCAGCGUCUACGAGGACAGCUCCGACUCCGAGGACAGCAUACCCCCAGAGAUUUUGGAGAGGACCUUGGAACCCGAUAGCUCUGAUGAGGAGCCCCCGCCUGUGUACUCUCCACCUGCCUACCACAUGCACGUGUUGGACAGGCCUUACCCACUGGCUCCCCCGACUCCACCUCCCCGCAUCGACGUGCUGGGCUCCGUGCCCCCUUCCAGCCAGAGCCGCUACCGGAACUGGAACCCCCCACUGUUGGGCAACCUCCCUGAAGACUUUCUCCGCAUCCUGCCCCAGCAGCUGGAUAGCAUACAGGCCACCUCCAGGGGCUCCAAGCUCGUGAGCACAGAGGGCAGCUUGCCCUCUGCGGUGGGGCCUGAGCCCAGGGACCAGGAGAGCCGCUGGAAGCAGUACCUGGAGGACGAGAGGAUUGCGCUCUUCUUGCAGAACGAGGAGUUCAUGAAGGAGCUGCAGCGCAACCGUGACUUCCUGCUCGCCCUGGAGAGAGAUCGACUGAAAUACGAGUCCCAGAAGUCUACAUCCAGCAGCGUGGCCGUGGGAAAUGACUUUGACUUUCCUUCUCCUGUCCCAGGAAACAGCGACGCCAACCCUGCUGUGUCUGAAGAUGCCUUAUUCAGGGACAAGUUGAAACACAUGGGAAAAUCCACCCGGAGGAAGCUGUUUGAGCUGGCCAGGGCCUUCUCGGAGAAGACCAAGAUGAGGAAGUCAAAGAGGAAGCACUUGCUGAAGCAUCAGUCGCUGGGGGCUGCGGCAUCAACAGCCAAUCUCCUGGAUGACGUGGAGGGCCAUGCUUGUGAUGAAGACUUCCGGGGAAGGCGACAGGAGGUGCCCACGGUGGAGCAAGCCCUUAAAGAAGGGCAGUAG